AUGGGUCAAUCAGUAAGCCGAGAUGAUUUUAUAUGGACACUCACAGAGCAGCCGCAUAUGAGUCGAAGAGAGGCGAUUGUGAAGAAAUAUCCAGAAGUUAAAACGUUAUUCGGAGUGGAUCCUUCUCUAAAAUAUGUCGUUUCUAGUAUGGUUCUUUUCCAAAUAUUUAUGUGCUGGCUGUUACAAGAUGCCGACUGGAUAUUGAUUCUUCUGGAAGGUUAUUUAUGUGGAGGAAUUAUAAAUCAUGCAAUGACUUUGGCUAUUCAUGAUAUUUCACAUAAUACUGCAUUCGGAAAUAAACAUCCGUUGAAGAAUCGAUUCUUUGGAAUGUGGGCAAAUCUACCGAUUGCCGUUCCAAUAUCUAUUUCUUUUAAGAAAUAUCAUGUGGAACAUCAUCGAUAUUUAGGAGAAGAUGGUCUGGAUACAGAUGUUCCGACAACUUUUGAAGCAGAAUUUUUCACAACAUCUCCAAAAAAACUUCUGUGGUUGACAUUGCAACCAUUCUUCUAUGCAUUCCGUCCAUUGAUAAUUUACAAGAAAGCACCGACUGAUAUGGAGAUUCUGAAUGCAGUGAUACAGAUAUCAUUCGACUUGGCGAUUCUCCACUUUUUCGGACUGAAAUCUCUAAUAUAUCUUCUAUUCGGAACAAUUAUCAGUAUGGGUUUACAUCCAAGUGCUGGACAUUUCAUUUCAGAACAUUAUGCAUUUAAAGAAGAUCAAGAAACAUUCAGUUAUUACGGCCUAUGGAAUUUGUGUACAUUCAAUGUUGGAUACCACGUUGAACAUCACGACUUCCCAUAUAUUCCAGGAAGAGAUCUUCCAAAACUGAGAGCAAUGGCUCCCGAUUUCUACGAGAAUCUCCUCCAACACACGUCAAUGAUGGAGAUUCUAACUGAAUUCGUAAUGAAUCCAUCGAUGGGACCAUAUGCUCGAUUGAAGAGAAAACCUCGAGUAGAUCAGCAGUUUUAUGGAAAUUAUCAACUUUUUGAAUAUGUUGAAGGGGUGGGUGUUGUUCUGAUUGAACUUCUAAUCCCAAUUGUUUCAUACGUGUAUUCUGGAAUAUUUUCAGUUUCUUCAUCAUAUUGGCAUCUACCGACUCCAGAAGUUUGCGGGAAAUGUGUUCGAUCUCAACAAUAA